CUGCGAUGAGCCGUAAUUGCUCAGACCGAAACUUGCGAUUGAAGUUUUCUUCCCCCUUCUCGGUGACGAUGCGGAAACGCUCUCCAGAGAAGGGGUUUGGGCACAUGCAUUUGCGUUGAUGAAGCUUGCUUCUCCGCUCGCAUGUGUCGGUGUUUUUGAUUUCACAUUUUGGUUAUUUUUCUUUCAACAUACCCAGCCAAUAUGUAUUUCUUUGUGUUUAUUUGUCUUGUGUCACUGCUCUCUCUUGCGGGCUGCGCGUUGGAUCGAUAUCCCCUCAUCGCGAAGUUUGACAGUGAAGCUCUGCAGACAACUAUCCCUACGUCAAACCUACGUGCAGUCUCCUUGUCUCCUGAGACUGCAUGUGCGUUGUCUGCAGAUUUCUUUCCAUCAAAUGAUGAGGUUUGUGCAUAUCUCCUUGAGUAUGUCUGUUCCCGAGGUCCCUUACGCCCGAUUCUCUGUUCAGCCCUCCUACUUUCUAUUUCCCUUGGCCAACAUUGCUACGCCUCGACGCUGCAUCACCGCCGCAGCGCGCCUUGCCGUGGCUUGCCCGCUUGUCGCGCUGCACAGGUGACCUCUUAGCGUACAUAGUGUUGUCGUCCAAGGACGCAAUAGAGUAG